AUGUUCCGAUCUGUGGCAGUAGCUCGAAUAGCUCGAAAAGCAUUCGAGAAUGCAGCCGAAAAGAAAGAUGUACUGGGCACGUUUUGAUAAUUAAAUGAAUUUGGAAAGUUUUCAGACAGUCGCUAAAAUUCAGAACAUUAUCCGGUGCAGCCAGACAGAAUUCGAUCGAGGAAUCCAAGAGUAUCGCGAUUUCAGGUAAGUGUGCUCCAAACUUACUGAAAAUCAAUAAUCGCAUCAAUUUUGUUUCAGAGAAACGCACGACACCCCGGACUGGGGAGUCAUCCGAAUGAGCAGCAUCGCAAUGGCUCAGAAUCGGAUAGAAGAGGCCGAAGUGAUACUCAAAGAGCAGAUGGAAGAGUAUGGCGGGGCGCAGCGGAGACAGGGUUCGCGACGCAGCUUCUCCGCUCUUUAAAUGAAUGUGUCAUAUUUGCAGCCAGAAACGCCGACGUGAGCGAUGAGCAAAUCUGCGCUUCACUCGAACGGGUCAUCCGAAAAACAGACGAAGACGACGUCGCCUACCGAUUUUUCGAUUUCCUCAAGAAGUACAAAUUUUGCGCGAAUCGUGACGUCUUUCUAAGUUUGCUUGUUGAAUUGACGGUUAGAAAGUGGGUUCAGUAUAAUUUUUGUGCCAAACAUGAGAAUAACAUUGUCAGACACGGCUGGAAAGCGGGUCUCAGUCGGAUGAAGCAGCAGAUGGAGGAGGAAAAACGGACGAAGAACAUGACAAUGAGCGUGUAUUACAUUCUGGAAAAGGCCUGGAGAAAUAGUGAAGCAGAAGAAGGUUAGUCGAACGGAAAGGAAUUUGGAGCAGUUGAAACUGGAUACUUUUUCAGCCGAAACCAAAUUGAGCGAAGUUGGAUUUGUAAAGCCAUCAACGUUGAAAUGUCUCAAACUCUUCAUCCGUCUCUGCGAACUCCCACGGCUAGAAAUUGCGGAUUUCUGUAAACGAAAUUCCAUUAUUUUCGCCCAUGAAGACGUCGUUUUUCUGAUAGAAUUGGCUGGAAAAUUGAAAUAUGUAUGGACAUCCUUUUAUAGAUAACUUCGAUAUACAAUAUCUCCGUUCAGCCAAUGCCUCUACUCAAUCUUCUGGAAAUCGAUCCGUUCGUCCACCUACCCAAAUCGAGCAUCUUUCCGAUUCUCGAUCAGCUCAUCAAACUCGCUGGAAAGUCUGGAGAAGCUGAACAUCUGGAGCAGAUGAUGUGGAAAGUCAAAAAAGUUCGUGAAGUGUCCGAAGAGGAGAAGUCGAUCCUGUACGGCAAGCUGCGCCAUUUCUACAAGUGCCUAAAUGUGACGCCGCCCAAGAAGUUGUACUUUUUAAUGAACCCCAUCGAAUAG